AGUGCAGACUCCACCCGGUCUCCAUUUGGCCAAGCAGCUGAAAAAAAUUUCGAGCAUUUCCAGAGAGGAGAUUGUGUCUUCUCUAAUUGCUCGCUCUAGAGAUCGGAAUCUACAAGAGAAGUCAGUCUUACUUAUCAUCCAAGAAAGGCUUCCCUUUCUUUCCAUUAGCCAUUUAAGAAAUUUACAGACACAUAGCCAUCACGAGGUGCACCAGCUUUCUUCGAGGAAUUCUGCUGUGGCUCUAUUUGUCUUUCCCUGUGACGGAGGCCUUUGGACUUGCACUAUGUUAUCAGCAGCCUUAAUUACUUUGGUGAGAAGCAGUGGGAACCAGGUGAAGAAGAGAGUGCUGCUAAGCUCUGUCCUUCUGCAGGACAACAGGCAGGUGACUCCUACCUGCUACAGCUCCACGUCUGAGCCCAGGUGUUCUCGAUUUGGUCCAGACGGAAGUGGGCAACCAGCUACUUGGGACAAUUUUGGGAUCUGGGAUAACCGCAUUGACGAACCAAUUCUGCUGCCACCUAGCAUCAAGUAUGGCAAGCCAAUCCCCAAGAUUAGCCUGGAGAACGUAGGCUGUGCCUCUCUCAUUGGCAAACGGAAAGAAAAUGAAGAUCGGUUCGGGUUCGCACAGCUGACAGAGGAGGUGCUGUACUUUGCCGUAUAUGAUGGGCAUGGCGGACCCGCAGCUGCUGACUUCUGUCACACGCACAUGGAAAAAUGUGUGAUGGAUUUGCUGCCUCGGGAGAAAGACUUGGAAACUGUACUGACCUUGGCCUUUCUAGAAAUAGAUAAAGCCUUUUCCAGUUAUGCCCACCUGUCUGCUGAUGCCAGCCUCCUGACUUCUGGGACUACUGCGACUGUAGCCUUGUUGAGAGACGGUAUUGAACUGGUUGUAGCCAGUGUGGGAGACAGCCGGGCUCUUUUGUGUAGAAAAGGAAAACCCAUGAAGCUAACCACUGACCAUACCCCAGAAAGGAAGGAUGAGAAGGAAAGGAUCAAGAAAUGUGGUGGGUUUGUAGCUUGGAAUAGUUUGGGGCAGCCCCAUGUCAACGGCAGACUUGCAAUGACAAGGAGUAUUGGAGAUUUGGAUCUUAAAGCCAGUGGUGUAAUAGCAGAACCUGAGACAACAAGGAUUAAGCUCUACCAUGGGGAUGACAGUUUCCUAGUCCUCACCACAGACGGGAUUAACUUCAUGGUGAACAGUCAAGAGAUCUGUGACUUUGUCAACCAGUGCCAUGAUCCUAAUGAAGCAGCCCAUGCUGUGACUGAACAGGCAAUACAAUAUGGCACAGAAGACAACAGCACUGCAGUCGUGGUACCCUUUGGUGCCUGGGGGAAAUACAAGAACUCUGAAAUAAACUUCUCAUUCAGCAGAAGCUUUGCCUCCAGCGGGCGAUGGGCCUGAUCUCCAACCUGGACUCGGUGUUCCUAAGCGGCGGUGUGUCAGUGAGCAUAUCAAGAAACUGGUAAUACCCAAAAGGCCUCCAGUACCCAUGUGUCCUUGCGACCUCAUAGGUCCCAAGACGUCACAAGCUUAACGGCCCUGUACACAGUAGUGUUUUUUAUAAAUCUUCAUCAUUAUGUUCAACUGCACAUGCUCAGUGCAAGCACCAUGACAGAGCCACUGUGAGACUGAGUUGAGGGGGAGAGGAAGUCGUUUCAGUACACUCGAUGAGUUACAAAUCUAUGCCUUUUGUUUUGUGAUGCUAGAGAUUGAAUCCAGAGCUUUCUAGUUUUCAAGAUUAUCAGGCAGAUCUGGUUUCUGUUUUUAAUGAUUUUGUUCUUUUUUUUUUUUUUUUUCAGUUGGACAGGUUUUCUGAAUUUUGAUUGCUCAUCGAUGUGUUAUCUGCUGGUGUUUCUUUUUUCUUUCUCUUCAUUUUAAACAGUUCUCACUGGCUGGUCUUGAACUUCUGGAUUCAAACCAUCUUCCUACUCCAGUUUCCUGAAUACCUGGGACUAUAGGAUGCUCCAGCUUAUAAAUGUUUAUUUUGUUUGUUUUCAUUUUUAAUUUUUUUAGAGCAAAACAAGCAGAGAUUUAUUAUAGAAAAGUUCUCACACGCACAAGUGUUAGUUUUUCAUAAAUGUACCAAGGAGCGAAAAACAAAACUAAUAACAGAUAACUUCCCUGUUAUUGUGUCUUAUACUCUGGACCACAUAGUAGUAAAUUUAGCCCUUCAAAAGAAACUUCUUCAGACAAAAGAUAUGGCUAAAGUGUAUACAUAUUUGUAAAUAGUUCUCUUGUGUAUUUUUAAUGAUUUUUAGCCCUUUCCUAUUUUCUAUAAUCAAAUGUGCUAUAUAGCUCCAACUGCCCCUUAAUCUCUCUGGGAGAAUGUGUAGACUCUGAUCAAAAUAUGUACAGUGACACACAGACAGUGUUUGGUUUGUUGAAAGAGUGUGUUCGUUUGUUGUUGUGUGUUUUGUGUAUGGGAUGGUUACAUCACCUUUUAUGCACACAGUAAGCAAGUUGGGUAAAGAUAAUAUUACAGUGACUCACACUUUUAUAGACAUAGCUUGAGGUUUAUGUCUCCAUUUUCCUCAUUUCUGAGAUUCAAAAAGAGAUAUUCAAACUUGUCAGCUUGCUAUGUAAAUUAGGAAUGUAAAACUACACUCCUUUUUUAUCUGCAUAUAAAUUUGCUGUUAAACUGUGCAUCCCUAAAUGUGUGUUUGGAAUUAAUAUAUAGUUUAUUUUCACAAACCAUAUAAAUUUGGUGUAUGUGUGAUGAGGAUAUAAAUAUUUUGAUGUAAUAUAAAAUUAAAGGGAACAGAUUUGUGGAGCCUUUAUCAGUUAGCUUUAAAUUAUUGAUAUAUUUAUCCCAAAGGACACUCAACAUAUUGAGUGAUUUUCUGUAGCAAAGAAUCAGUGGUUGUUAGUAGAUAACCACUAUGAAUUAAAUAUAUAUAUGGGGCCAGAUGUAAUGCCCCAUGCCUGUAAUUUAAGGAGUUGGGAGGAGGAGGCAAGAGAAUCAUGAUGGUGACUUUGAGUUCAGCCCAGGCUACAUAGCGAGUUCCAGGGAAGCCUCAGCCACAAAAAAUCAGCAACAAAUAGCUAUAAGAGACAUUUUAUUAUGUGUAAUUUAUGUGGAUAACCAAAGAACAGAAGCAACCACAUUGUGUGGUGACUUGAAUAUAAAACUAUGGGCUAUGAAAAGUUUAGGGAAUAUUGAGAAUGACUUGGAAUUUUGAGGCAGAAACAGGAGAAAAAUAAUGAAAUAUAUAUGCCUACAAAUCUGGUGUGUUUUCUUCCUUUAACAUUGGUUUUAAAUAUAUAGUAGAAAGCAGAUGUCCCAAAAUAAAUUUUUUCAUCUUGUUGUUUUGGGAAAUGGAAGAAGGAAUAUUUUGACUUUACCUGCCUAUACUAGUUAGAACAGGCUCAAAAAGAAUUUAAGGUCUUUUCAUGGAUGUCAGUUGAGAGGAAGAAACCAUUUCUCAGGCGUGUUAGCUUACAUGUGCAGUUCCAACAUGCAGCAGGCUGUGGCAGAGGAAUCUGGAAUUUGCUAUGAGCUGCAUAGCAAGACCUUAUCUCAGGAGACAACCAAAAUCCCCAGGAAAGAAUAUAGUCCGUGUUCACUGUCUGAAAUGAAGACACACAGGAAGGCCAGGGGAGCUGCGAGGCUUUUUUGUUGAAUCAGUUGUUGGAACAGAAUUAUGAAAACAACUUUUGAGAGCACGGAGAACUUGUAAAAUAAUGUGCACAGCAAAAUUCUCAAGCAUAAAACUGACAUUCUGGUGUGUAGGUUUCAUUUCUGUUCUGAAUUCUUUGCAUUCCUGUCCCCUGCGCAUGCCUUUUUUGUUUUGUUCUUUCUUUUUCUUUCUUCCUUCCUUCCUUCCUUCCUUCCUUCCUUCCUUCCUUCCUUCCUUCCUUUCUUCCUUCCUUCCUUCCUUCCUUCCUUCCUUCCUUCCUUUCUUUCUUUCUUGUUUUCUUCCUUCCUUCCUCCCUCCCUCCCUCCCUCCGUCCCUCUCUCUCUCUCUCUCUCUCUCUCUCUCUCUCUCUCUCUCUCUUUCUUUCUUUCUUUCUCCCUUGAAACCAGGGUUGAGAGUGAACUCAUGGAGUUUGGAGCCCUGAGGGUCAAUGAUAGAUUGGAGUGAAUUCCAGAUUUGACAAGCAGGAAUCUGUAAAUGAUGGCCUUGUGUGCAUUGGAAAGACUUGUCUCAACCUCCUGAGUGCUCAGAUUGUAGGCAUCCCAUGCCUGGUUUUACCUGGAAGAAAUGUAAAACUCUAAUCCAGUCUUCCUUGAGAAAGCAAAGUGCUGGUCUCAUUGGGGCUGGGCUGUGUCCUUUCCUGCAGGCUUUUCUUGAUCAAAAGCGAAUAAAACUACAAGCCAAGAAUAUGAAAAAAGAACAUACUAUAAUCCUAAGUGAUAAGCAUACACACAUGCCUCUGUUACUGACAAUGGUGCAGUAGUGGCAAGAAAGGGACUGUUCUUCAUACUUUUUAGUGUGACUUUAGCUGCGAGUUUGCUAUGUGGGUGUAGGCUUGGGAUAAAUGAUGUAAUACAGGAAGUGUAUCGGUUAUAUUUAUGUAUGCCUUUCAUUUACAUGCAGUAUGUCAAAAAGUCAUUCUUGUGUUGCCACCAGUAAUUUAGUGAAAUGUUCUUAAAGUAUUGCGAUAUUUUACAAUUAUAAACUCAUAAAUAUUUUACCAGUUCAGUAGUAAACGUAGCUUACUCUAGCAGCUGUUCAUUUGUUAGAAUUCCUUGUGUCGUUCGACUGCUUCAAAUCCAAGCAUUUUUCCCCCUCUAGGGUCAAAAAUCCCUUAGGGCUCUUUUGCUUCUUUGUAUUAUAUGAUAUGAACUUUCCGAUAUUACAACAUUCUUAAAGUUUUACUUUGGAGAGAUAGUAGCAUAUAAUCUAAAAUAUGGAAAUUAUUUGAAAUGGAAGUAUUUAAAAUUUGAUUAUUAGUUAAUAUUCUAAGAAUGGAUAUGGAAUUAAUCCCAUGCUAACAUAAUAGUAGGAAAAUGCUUCCACGUGGGACCUGGGAGUUCAAGUUUAGAAUUAACAACUGUAGCCAAGUGUUUGCUUUCUUUUACUGCCAGGGUUCACUACAUGCCUGUGUCUCUAAAACACAAUGUCCUGAGAUUUGGGCUAUUACAUCACAUUGAGUUUCCUAGGUUUCAUUCUGAGAAUGACUUAAGCAAGAAUAACAAGUUGGAUUUUACAAGAUGAAUGAAGCAAAUAUGAAUGGUGACAUGCCUGCUGUGAUUGGCAGCUGGAGUAAGACCCUUUGGUUCUGUGGCAGCUCCCAUUGGUUGUGGGAUGGUUGAAAUGGUCCAUGGUGUCACAGAAUUCUGGGCUGUGAGAACUUAGAUGCGUGACGCCACCAAGAACAACCUACCUGACAUUGGAUUCUAGUGCAGAAGGCAGCACAGUGAGGUGACCUAAAUUAAUUGAAUUUCUACUGAGGUUCUCUUGUGGAUAUUUGUUUUGCAUUUUUGCAGAAGUUCUACUUGGUACAGUCCCUUUGUGGUGAAUUUGACUAUUGUUUUAAAUGUAUGUGCUAGAGUAACUGAACAAACUGAAGUCAGCUGGCUCAUUGGUGAAAACAUCCUAAUAAAAUGCACAUAUUAAACUCCUCCUAAACUCCA